AUGUAAACUAAGCCAUUACGCCAUGUUUUGUGCUUCGGCCCUUAAUCAUUACACCGUGUUUUGUGCUUCGCAGUGCUUCGGCCCUUAUAGCAACAAUUUGAACCAAAAAUUUUACUAAGAUAAAAGUGUGGAAAAUUGAAUAAUACUUUAAUUGAAUUAAAAUCAGAAUUGAUACCAAACCUAUUUAAUAUACUGAAUCGAAUUCUUUUGAUAUAUGUUUGAUAUAGGUUAUGUACAUGUAUGAUCAAAACUUGAGUAUCCAUUUAGUGAUUGUAUUAUUUAUCUGUUAUUAUUUGUCAUAAAUGACAAUGGCAUGGUCAAAUUAUCAACGUAUUUUAGCUACGCUUCAAAUAAUUACAGGCUCGUUUAAUACUUUAUCAGUUAAAUUUGCAGAUCAACAAGUUGUACUUGGAGAAGAUGGACAACUUAGAUAUUUCAAUCAUCCAUUUAUGCAAUCAUUAUUUAUGUUUUUUGGAGAGACUCUUUGCUUUUUAGCAUUUAAAAUCUUCUAUUGUUAUUAUAAUCGAAGAAACGACGGCUCUAUAGAUAAUAAUGUACUCACCAAGGGUUCAAGGAUUUUCAAUCCUUUUAUUUUACUAGUACCUGCAUUGUGUGAUAUGUUUGCAACAUCUAUAAUGUAUAUCGGGCUGAACAUGACUUAUGCAAGUAGUUUUCAGAUGUUGCGUGGAUCGGUAAUUGUUUUUACAGGAAUGUUAUCUAUUGGAUUUCUUAAUAAAAAAUUGGGAAUAAGAGAAUGGACAGGCAUCGGUUUUGUUAUAAUAGGCUUAGCAUUUGUUGGCAUCAGCGAUAUAUUAACAAUGGAAAAUAGCGACAUCAGUGCAAAUUCCGUAAUUACUGGAGACUUGCUCAUUAUAUUGGCCCAGGUGAUAACAGCUGUUCAAAUGGUUGUCGAAGAAAAGUAUGUGGGACAGCAAGAUAUUCCUGCGUUACAAGCAAUUGGGUGGGAGGGCAUCUUUGGAUUUAUUGGUAUUUCUAUCGCUAUGAUUCCACUCAAUUACAUUACUGCACCACCGCCUUUUGCAGAUAAUUCACGUGGUACACUUGAAGCUACUGAAGAAGCUUUCAUCCAAAUGGGAAGUAAUAGCAAAUUAUUGAUAGCUUUUGUCGGUAUAGCAUUUAGUAUUGCUUUUUUUAAUUUUGCUGGUAUUAGCGUUACUAAAGAAAUGAGUGCUACAACAAGAAUGAUCUUAGACAGUGUUCGUACAAUUGUUAUAUGGGUCUUUUCUUUAAUAUUUCGAUGGCAAGCUUUUCAUUAUAUGCAGCCAAUCCCACGUCAUCAAUAUCGACUUCACUCUCUUACCACCAAUCAUCGUUGACUCGAUGCCAGUACCUUAUGUGAAUGAAGUUAGAAACUUGGGUAUCAUCUUUACAACCUUUCAUGGAAAAAGCAUGUCCUACAUGUCUCGAGGUGAGUCCAUCAUUCCUUCUACAAGCUUAAAUUUAACAAAAACUCACUCCCGACCAAACUACGCAUCAAACUAGUCAAUACUCUUAUCCAACCACACAUUGAUUAUUGUUGCUUAGUUUAUCACGGGUUGAGUAAUGAGUUGAACACCAAGUUGCAGAGGCUAGUUAACUGUUGCAUACAUUUUAUUUUUAAUCUCAAGCGUGACGAGCAUAUUACUCCGUUUAGACAUAAGCUUGGCUGGCUUUCUGUCGAAAACAGUUAUACUUUCUUGGAUGCCAGGUUUAUCGUAUUCUUCAAUUGCGUUCCCCUCCUUAUUUACAUGAACUUUUUAUUCCUCUUAAUCCUUUAACAAGAAGAUCAGAGCGGCUCGCUUCAACAUCACACACACAUUGCUUUCACAUCCCCCUACAUAGAACAACUACCUUUAGAAACUCAUUUCAGCUUUCUGCAAUCUAUUUUUGGCACUCCCUUCCUGACCACAUUACAUCUGCACCUUCUCUAAACAUCUUUAAGAACCUUCUUCACUCUUAUCUUUCAGCAUCUGAACUUACCUAACUAAGCUUAUCUAACCAGUCCUUCGCUUCUAUUCUUUUAUUUCCUUCUUACUAUUGCGACAUUACAUUUUCUUUGCAUAUAAUUACUACCUGUAACAUGUGAUGUCUAUUACCUUAACUCAUGUUUGAUUUUCAUAUUUUCGAUACUGCUUGCGAUUUGUUAAUUUUUGUUAAUUCUUGUUAAUUUUUGCGACUUGUUAUUUUUUGUUUUGAUUCAGGCGAUUGUUGUAUGCGAAUUGGUUUAUACGUUUCUUUGAAUCUUCCUGCUGCUGGUAAUAACUAACUGUUGCUAUUCGUCUGUAUGCCUGCUUAGAAAUUGAUUAGGAUACUAUUAUUUGCUUAAUGUAGUUAAGGAUAACACUAAUCCUGUUACAUCGAAAUUGUUAUUCUUGUUACUUAAUGCUAUGUCAUAUGCCAUGCUUACUUAGUACUACGCACCGCUUAUUUCUUUUUAUAGACUACUCGCUUUAUGAUGUAUAUUGCAUCACCUGCAUAGUGUAAUUUUGCCCUGUAGCCUCGCUUGGGCAUAAUAAAUUAAUCAAUCAAUCAAUCAAUCAAUCAAUCUCUCUCUCUCUUUCAGAGUGUCGUGCACGGAAGCGUCCCAGAUGCGCACAGUAAUAAACGGACACAGCAGGCUGAGUAAAAUGGACACAGACCAAAUUCGCGAAAUACUUUGGUCCAACUUUUAUUAAGAACGUUUUUGACUCUGCAAUACUAAAAAUAAUUGGCAGAAUAUUGUUGCAACUUUUAUAUUUAAAAAAACAAAAAUAAAAAGAUGUAUUUCGCAAAUUUAGCAGAAUAUCUUUCCUUCUAAAGUAUUUACAGAAACACAAUAAACAUCAUUUUUAACAACAGUUUCAAUCAA